AUGUCAGUUGUGACGAUGUUACCAGAUUGUAAACAUGAAUUAAAAGUAAAUUCAAUGAAUACGCCAACAAGUUCUUCGAAAAGCAUGAACAGCAGUCACUUCACAAUGUCAAGUUCUAAAUUCUCAGCAUUAAAUCGAAGGAAAAACAUUCAACGGAAUCGCGAUCGAAACCCAACUUUAAUCCCCGCUGUCAGUGAAGUCAAGCAGAGAGUAAUUUCCGCUCGAUUGCUACGAUUUAAGCAGCUGCAGAAUCAAAUCGCUGAAGCUCAUCAUCGAAUUUCCGAACUCACAGCUGAAAAUCGAUUACUUAAAUCACUUCAUAAACGUCAAGACUCUGCAUUAACAAAGUAUCAAAGUUCAAGUGCUGAACUUCCCCAACUUUUACAUUCACACGCUGAAGAAGUUCGAAUUUGGCAAACACGUUGUCGCAAUCUUCAACGACAGCAUAAAGAUGUGCUAGGAAAAAUGAAACAGAAAGAAACACAAAUUCUUACCCUCAGUGAUCAAAACAAGCAUCUUCUGCAAUUAAAUAAAGAUAAACAUUUGGAAGAACGUGAAAAACUUACUGAUCGUGUUCGAGAUCUUGAGCAACGCUUGCUAGACAAAGACAAUGACUUGAAGUUGCUGGCAAGACGUUUGCAAUUGGAAACGAAAGCUUUCAAAUCAAAUAUUUACAUGGAACAGCAAAAGUAUCGUGAUUUAGUUCACAAAAUUGAAUUGUCUGAUUUUAUGAUGCAACGAACGAAAGCUGAUGGCGAUAAGAAGUCAUCAAAGGACGUUCGCCAAAACGGACGAUUGAAAUCACCAACACGGGCAUUUUCAUCGAAAUCAGCAACACAACUCAAUAAUGGUGAGGACAAGGAACAAACAACAUUAAUAUUGCCGCCAUGUGAAGGUCAGGAAGUGAAGAAGAAAACGGAUGAAUCCAUCAAAAUCAACUCACCACUACCAAACCUCAACGGCAAUGUCAAAACUGUUCCGGAGAAAGAUGAAAUCGAUAUGACCAAAUCACUAAUCGAUAAAUCUGAGAGAUUUCUUCGCAGUGAACGAUACACUCAAGACAAUGAUGAUUUAGUAGUCUCCGUUCGUAAUGGAAUGAAUCGUGCUCGAUUGUUAAACAAGCCAAACAUAACAAAUGACAAACUCAUCCCAUUGCACCCCAAACAAGACACGAAGAAAUCGAGUGACGACAGUGAAUUGUCUGAUAAUGAUUUUCAAUUGAUUAAUAAUGAAGACAAUGGCACAAAAAUGGUAAUGAUGAGUCUGUUCAAGACACACAAUGCAAAGGAUUUGUUAGAACAUAAAAAGCAUGUAAAUGAAUUGGAGACAAAAUUGAAACAAAGACACAUUCUGACAUCUUCUUCGUCGUCAUCGUCGUUGUCAGAAGAUCCACAAACAAUUGUUAAUGGUAGAGGAGACGGUGAUCUCGCUUACAUUCAACGUGAAAUGACCAUGAGUACUCUUCGCCGUGAAUCAUUCUUGGAUGAAUAUUGUGAGACUCUCGCUGAUGACAAAACUGAAAUUUCUAAACAAAGCACAAUUACGAAGAUUAAAAAAUUGGAAUUUAUAAAGCAGCCACCUGAUAACUCUCCAUCCAUCUUGUCGUCAAAAUCUACAAACUACGUUCAUUAUCACAACAAAACCAAUGGAAAUGCAGUCAGCAACGGCACUCGAAAACAAACCAUUGAUUCGAAGAAGAAAUCGUCACUGUUGGCUGCCAUUAAAAAUAUCGACAAUGACAGCACUGAACGUUGA